AUGCAAAUUUCUGAGCUGAUCAAGCUGCCCAAGAGCAGCAGCAGCAGCAACAACCUACGCAGCAGCAGCAGCAGCAGCGGCGGCGGCUCAAGAAUUAUUAUUAAAUUCGAUAUAAAUAAUAUUUUCAACCGCUCCGCAUACCCGGCCUACCCCCCCAGUCGUCUCUCGAGUGGUCGGCCGCUGAUUAAUAAAAGACGGCUGCCGUGGCACAGCGGCAGAGAUGGCCUGCGGUGCUUAAAAAUUCUGAGGCAUCUGUCAAACUGAGCGAAGGUGAAGGUUUCGCGCAGGCGCAGCUUGGUGCCAGCAGGAUUGGGAUCGCGACAUCCAAAAGUAGCCGAAAUUGAGCUGAAGGAUAACACGAAAUGCCAGCGGAGACAGCAGCGGUCCAGCACGCAAUGUUCUUGGAAAGUGGAGGAUGUGGCGGCGACCGCCGAGCCAGGUGGGGGCUCCGAGUCAAGUGGGGCCACCAUUACAUUCCAUUGA